AUACUCUGGUGAUUACAACAAAUUUGUGUGAAUCCAAUAUGCAGAUCUCAAAUUUAAGAUGGUACACAGUCUUAUUUGGCUACUUAGUAACACAUGUGAAGGCGUAUCCCAUGCAAACAUGGUACCCACCACAAGGUCCUAGAGAAUAUCCCGAUGACGAAUAUUAUUACGCGCCGAAAGUCCAAUAUUAUUACGACGCCCCAGCAAUGAGCGUUCCGGAAGUUUAUGGACAAAUGCCAUACCCAUAUAUAUAUGACCCUUAUGAACAUUUCUUUGCCAACGAAGGCUCCAAACGACAAGAAGAACGACUCGCUGCUCUACCAAUCGGACAAGAGACUUGGUUCGAAAAUGAUGGUAAUUCACGCUGGCGAAGUAACGAUGUCGAUGAUGUCAGCGCUGCUUUCUUAGACAACCUUAUCCUAACACAAAUGGCUCAAGAUGCUCAAAGGCGACGUGAAAACUCUCGUGUAGCAUUCCCGCCUGUAGAUUAUGAAGAUAAGAACGCAGAGGACGAAGAUGUCCGCGAACUUAAAGCCUUAGCUGGAAAACCACUAUAUCAUGUUCCAAAAACAGUUCCGAAGGAUGAUGAUUAUGAUUACGCAUCUGAUGAAGGAUUCAUAAAUUGGAAUGGAAACAAAAGAAGUGUGACGACAGUUGCUCCCGCAUCAAGUACGAUGGAACCUAAAGCAGGUCAAAAGGAAAUAGCAAUUCCACCGCAAGGACAAACUACGAAAAUCUGGAAUCAUUUUAAUGGAAGUCACAAAAGGGAUACAGAAUACUACAAUAAAAUUGUAAAGUUACUGGCAGUCAAUCCCAAGUCCACAUCACCACAAGAAUCAACGAAAGGAAAGAGGAUCAAUAAACGGUUCGUGGCGGGAGACAGCGACCUCGUGCUGGAACUUCGAGGCUUGAAACAACGCAUUGCUACUUAAACGUGCAUUGAUCACCGCCAACAAAUAUGAGACUGAGUACAUUAAAUGUAGACUAAAUAUUUAUUGACAAAGGCGACAUUACGGCUGAGAAAAUUCUAUCAAAUCUAAAAUCUAGAUGUCCAUACAUAAGAUAAGCAGUCAUUUUAAUGCCAUUUACAUAAUAAUGAAUUUUAGGUUUGGGA